CCAUCUAGCACCGGGAAAACACACUAGAGAGCCACCGCCGGCUUUACCAACAGGGAACCACCAUGAGCAGCGAGGCCGAAACACAGCAGCAGCCGCCGCAGCCUGCCGACGACGUGGAGAGCCCAUCCAGCCCGGCAGCCGCAGCUACCGCGGGGGAUAAGAAGGUCAUCGCAACAAAGGUCUUGGGGACAGUGAAAUGGUUCAACGUAAGGAAUGGCUACGGUUUCAUCAACAGAAAUGACACCAAGGAAGACGUCUUUGUACACCAGACGGCAAUCAAGAAGAAUAACCCAAGGAAAUACCUUCGCAGUGUUGGGGAUGGAGAGACUGUGGAGUUUGAUGUGGUUGAAGGGGAAAAGGGUGCUGAGGCGGCCAAUGUCACCGGGCCAGGUGGCGUCCCAGUUCAGGGGAGCAAAUAUGCAGCUGAUAGGAACCGGUACAGGCGGUACCCACGCAGGAGAGGUCCUCCUCGUGACUACCAGGAGAACUACCAGAGUGACGGGGAGGGAGAGGUGCACGAGAAGAGGGAGAGUGGAGAUAACGCACCUGAGGGUGAGCAGCAGCAGCAGCAGCGCAAACCCUCCUUCCCAGGCAGGCGGCGCUAUCCCCCUUACUACGUGAGGAGGCGCUAUGGACGCCGGCCUCCCUAUACCAACGCACCAACCAGGGGAGAAAUGACUGAGGGUGGGGAAGGUGAUGAAAACCAGGGUGGUCCAGAUCAGGGCAACAAACCAGUGAGGCAGAACUACUACAGAGGCUUCCGACCAAGGUUCAGAACAAGCAGAGGACCACCUCGUCCCCGGCCUGUGCGGGAAGGGGAGGAGGACAAGGAGAACCAGGGUGAGGGCGGCCAAAACCAGGAGCCCCGCCAGCGCCGCUACCGUCGCAACUUCAACUACCGCCGCAGACGGGCACAGACCACCAAGCCUCAGGAUGGCAAGGACAGCAAGGCAGCCGAAGCAUCCGCCGACAAAUCAGCCGCUCCCGAAGCCGAACAAGGCGGAGCAGAGUAAACCACCGCCGCCGGCUUCACCAUCUUGCACCAUCCUGCCGGUUGGGAAGGUGUAACUUGACUGAUUGUUAACACGAUCAGCUGAGGUAAUUAUAUGGCCUAGAUCAUUUCUGUAGCCCAUUUCUAUUAAUACAAUUCAUUUAAACACAAACGUCUUGAACACUGACAGCUAUUAUGAAUUUUUGAUUAUACUUUCAAGAUAUUGGGAACAUGAAAACAUGCAUGUAAAAAUUGCCAAUAAGGAAUCCAUAACCACAGCAGUUAAGCUGAGAUCACCCCCAACCUCUGAAACGUAACUGUUACAUGUUUAACAUUAUGUCCUUGUGAAUAAUAUGCUGGUUUAACCAGAUCCACUGGAAAGGGAAGGGCAAAUGCCAUUCAGGAUGGCAUCUUGGUUAACUGCCCAGCUCAGUUAAACUCUGAUUGCCCUGGAGCAGUGCUUCAGUUUGCAUUUUCUAUUGACACGAGACUGGAUCAGCCUGUUCAGUAAUGGCACGAGCUAAUGCUGUGGAUUUGAUAAAGUAAACUAAAUGCCUGGCUCCCCACACACACACUAUUGUGCCUGUAGCUUUGGCAUCAUUGGGUGACAUUUUAUCUGCAUGGUAGUUUCAAAUUGAGGUCAGGUUCCAAAGCCAGAGAUCCACCAGAGCUCUCCACUGUAGGUUAGGCCUGACACUGUUUAACUGACUUCAGAUGAAUUAAAAGCUGAAUUAACUUUGUUCCUUUUCUCUUGUGUUGCAGUUUUUUGACAACAAGAAGAAACAUCCAAGAUCUGAGCAAUAAGAACCAGAUUUGACCUGACGAUCGUCUAAGCUUGCAACAUGUGUUUGACCAGAUUAC